UGUGUGUGUGUGUGCACCAGCUGACUGUGUACUGGCUGGCAGGGUCUGGGUCUGGGACUGGUUGUUCAGGUAGUAAUGGUUUAAACAAGAGACAACUAACAACAGUAAUAUAUUAAUGGCUGCACCUCCUAAACCAUGGGAACGACAGCAAGGAGUCAACCACAGGCAACCAAACUUCAACCCUGAUCAAGUCAAUGCAUUUGUGUCGGGACCACCACACAUGAUUCCUGGUGGUGGUGGUGGUGGUGGUGGACAACCCAUAACCAGACAACCACCAUUACCACCACGACCACCACCAUCAUCCACCACAAACUAUAGCAACACAUAUUCACGCCCUAUGCACGGUUCCUAUGGUUCCUAUGGGGCCUUAGGUACCAUGGGAUCGGGGUCUUACUAUAGUAGUGGCUAUGGUGGUGGUGGAUAUGGUGGUGGUGGUUAUGGCGGUGGUGGUUAUGGCAACUACAAUAGGUUGGGUUUUAUGGGAGGAGCUACAGGACCUACAGCUGAUGAUACGUUUAUACGUCUGGCAGAGGACAGUUCUCGUCAAGCCUUCCAGAGUAUAGAAAGCAUUGUCCAUGCAUUUGGCUCUGUUAGUAUGAUGCUAGAAUCAACAUAUCAUGCUGUAUACAGUUCAUUUCGAGCAGUAUUGGGAGUCGCUGACCACUUCUCAAGAAUGAAGUCGCAUUUUGCUCAAAUAUUUUCCGCUCUUGCUGUAGUUAGAACUUUACGCUGGCUGUACAGGAAACUUUUAUAUCUUAUUGGUUUGAGAUCACAGGAUCCAAGUUUAGAGGCUGCCUGGCGUACUGUUGGUGCUCAUAGUGAGUCGGCUGCAGCCAUCAUCACAGAGGCAGAUAUUAAGGCUUCCAAGUCUUCAUGGCCCAUAGUCAUGUUUCUGGCUGUGGUCUUUGGUGGCCCCUACCUCAUAUGGCGCCUCCUGUCAUCACUGGCACCAACUAUUGCCAAAAAUAGGAAUUGGCUGCAGGGCCGUGGUGAACAUUAUGCUGCUGUUGCUAAGUACAACUUUGAGGCAGGAAACAGGAAUGAACUUACAUUUAGAGCCGGCCAGGCCCUGUUCUUGGCACCCAAAGACCAACAGCCUAAUGUCCGUGGAUGGCUCUUGGCAUCCAACAAAAACCAGUGUGGUUUGGUACCUGCUAACUACAUCAAAAUUUUAGGUUUACAAUCUGGUAUAUCACGCCCUGCAGAGUGUCAGUCAGAAGUACAAGGUGGACGUCCAUUAAUAUCCAAUGCCAGUAGCAGAAUUGUGGCUUCAAGAAUCCCUGAUAUACCAACACCUAAAUUUGCACAACAUAUUCCACACAUUGUAGAUGGCUUGUCCCCGGUGUCUACAGAAUAUGGAGUUAAAUCUUUUUCUCAGGGUAAUGACCAGAGACUUCAGAACAAUUAUGGCGGUCAGUUACAGAUGAAUUCUAGUCCAGUUACUUCACAAACACCAGGUCAAGAAAUGAUGUUGGGAGAGGGUAUUAGUCACAAACAGAAGCCUUCUCACUUUGAUACACAAACACCAUGUGGUGAUGAUCAGGAACCGUGUGGUGAUGGUCAGGAACCGUGUGGUGAUGAUAAGGAAGCAAGUGGUGAUGAUAAUGAAGCAAGUGGUGGCGAUGAAGAACAUAAGUCUGUGUGGUGAUGCAGAUACUAAAGUGAGAGGGGCAGCACAGGAAUGUUUAUAAUAUGUUCCUGCUGCUGUACAGUGUUACUAUAGAUAAUCUAUUAGCUCAAUAUAUUAUGUAAAACACUAUUAGGUUCUUGCAUUAAAAAGACUGAAAUCCA